AUGGAAGAUGGGGAGGAAUUCUUGAGGCAGUUCGGCGCAGACUACGGUUACCCAGGUGCAGAGAAGAAGGUCGAGGAGAUUAGAGCUUCCGAGUUCAAGAGACUGGAAGGUGAGCUGCCAGAAGAAGAGCCUGAAUUCGCUGCUUUGUCCAAUGCCCCAGCCAUAUUUAACCUUGGCUGUUCCUGGGACGUGGGCCAAUUUCAGGGCUUGUCUACUUGGACCAUGCCGGGGCCACCCUGUACUCCGAGGCUCAAAUGGAAGCCGUCGCCAAGGACCUCACUUCCAAUGUCUACGGAAAUCCUCGUAUCCAAGCAUGCUGCCGCAUUAGAACAAAGAUUUUCUUUCGUUAUUUAUUAAAAAUCUUGUUUUUUUCAUUGUUGUUCAUCCGUUUUGUUAUCGGAUAUAUACAUUUUAGUUUUCUUAUCCUGCCGGCCAUCUUGAGACGAUCAUAAUGUACGUAGGUAAACAGUACUCGUUAACUUUUGAGAGUAUAGAUAGCCAGAGCGAUUCGAGCAUGGCGACAUCUGAUGUGAUUAGCGCAGCUCGUCAGCAGGUAUUUUCCUCUCCGUUGUUGGUGCAGCUGAAUUUUCUUGGGAAGAAUAUAUGCCGUGUUUCUUCAUCAGUGAAAUAUUUUUCCACGUUUUUUUAAUUUCUUUAUGGAUCUUUUGAGCGAUUUAUUUAUGCGUGUUAAAAUAGUUGAAUACAAGUGGAGGAAGGAAAAAAUAUGGACAGACUGCAAAAAAAGCCUGGAUAUAAUUGCUCAGCCCACAAGAGAAGCGAUUAUCAGAGAAAUAUCAAUGCUGAUCAAUGGAAAAAACGUCAGACAUGAUUUAUUUCUUGCUAUGGCGUUACAAAAUUGAUAUUGGUAUGACUUAAGGUAGGCUUAAUGUCUUGAUUUUAUGGUGCAGCUAUAUCAAUCACCAAGUUAGUAUCAUCCUCCAAGUCAAUCGACCAAUGAAGAAAGGCAUAGCUGGCCCAUUUUCUGGGGGAUUAUUUAAUUUUAGUUAAUGACCUUCAUAUUUAAUUUCUCAAGAGGCCCAUUAUAACAGAGUUGGGAAAUUUUUAGAACUCAGAAAUUUGUUGAAAGAUUUUACUAUUGUGUGUGAUAUGGAUCAUUAUUUAAAUAAAGUCUCUAUGUGCUCGUGAUUAUUUCGAGAGUGAUGAGAUAAGGUCAACAUCUAGAUUUUAUCUGAAGGGGAAGUCAAUCCAUGCAGUCAGUCUGCAAGUUAAGCCUAGAGGGGGGAUAGCUCUAACCUUGGGCAACCUAAGGCUCCUAAAUGAGUGGAUUUGUUUUCUAGGGUGUAAAACCUUCUAAUUUCGUACACUGACUCCUAUGAUUGAGAGCUAAUGAGGGUAGAUGGAGUUUUUAGUUUUUUUCUGAGAUUUUUUUUUUACUCAUUCAAAAAUGAGAAACAUUAUCCUCUAUGAUUUGGUUUUGUUUGCCAUUUCUUUUAAAGAUAUUAACUGAUCCCCAAAGGCUGUCGAGGAUUGUGCUCAAAUGCAUAACUGUCUCUGUGCUAUUCAUUCAGGGGAUUGCAACAUUUUUUCAUGAUUCAUGGUCAUUUACUCUUUCUUGGUAUAGCCUAGUACUUGGAUUAACUUAAUAUUUUUUUUUAACCAGUUUUAAAUAUUAUAUACCGUCUGUAUGCAGGUCCUUGAACUGUGUAAUGCAUCACCAAGAGAAUAUACCUGUAUUUUUACUUCUGGAGCAACUGCAGGGCUCAAAUUGGUGGGAGAAGCCUUUCCUUGGAGCAAAGAAAGCUGCUACAUGUAUACGAUUGAGAACCAUAAUAGUGUUCUUGGGAUCAGAGAGUAUCUUUCCCUUGAGAGAUUCUAUGUGUUUCCAUGUUCAUUUGUGUUUGGGAAUAUGCAUGUGCAUGCUUAAUAUGGAUAUUCCUUCUGGGUUUUAAAAAUUAAAAUUGAAAUAUUUAUUACUCUUAAUUUUUUAGUAUAUAUAAAGUUUAUGAAAAGUUAUAAAGUACUCCUGAAGAGAACAGGAGUAAUAUGUUAUGUCAUUUAAAGAAAUCAUUUGCUGAAGGUUUUUAUGCAUUUCUAUAGUGGAGAUGAAAAAGUGAGAGGCAUCAGCCAUCAUAUCUUCUUUGCAGGCUUCCAAUGAUAACUAUGAUGGCUGAUGGCCUGCAAAGAAGAUCAGGUUUAAUCUCUCAAAAAGGAAAAUUUCAAAAAGGAUAUGUCAUUUGCUUUAUCAUGUCAUUCUGAGAAGAUCAGGUUUAAUCUCUCAAAAAAAAAAAUUCAAUACCUGAUCUUCUCAGAAUCAGGCCAGACCGAUUUUAGAAACUUAUAAUUUGCUUUGUUUCCUGCACUUUAUCAGUCUUUGCCCAAUUUUUAAAACAUUGAACACUGGAAAUCGUUUUUCAUCUCUUAUUUUAGCUUUCCUGUGGAUUGCUUCCCUUCUGUUUUUUGUGCCUAACCUAUCAGAUGAACAUCCUAAAAUUCGGUGCUUGAGUAACUUCCUCGUACCUUUAUUAAGUUUCCUAAAUCAGCAUUUCCUUGGCAAAAUUUGGGAAAAUCUUUUUGCUUCGCAUUUUCCUAGCGAUCUCAGUUCAUCAUCAUGCUUUCUGAUUCACCAGAUUUCUUUCAAUUGACCUUCUUUACUGUUAUUUUGCUUGAAUUUCCAUUCCACAUCAUUCCAAAUGCUUGAAUUUCCUCACGCUUUACACUGAUUCCUUAGUUAUGAUGUACUAGUUGUCUUCUUUUAGGUCGGUGUGGUAUUUUUAGGUGGGGAUGUAGAUGAACACUUCAAAACUUUUUUCUAUGAGAAAUUUGCUGUUAUGUUGCUCAUGCAUUUUCUCUGACUUUACAGGUUCUCUUGCAUGUGAUAUAGUUGGGAAGUAGAUAUUAAUUGCAUGCUCGGUUGAUUAAUAGUAAUCCGCCUAGAUUACUGGACAUUUUUUUUAGUGCUCACAAAUUUGUUUUGCUGAGACGUUGAAUCAAUGAUAAGGGUGGAGAAUUUAUUGGACGAUGGAAGUUGGUGUGAUCCAUUUCUUCUCCUUACCUAGGUGCUAUCUGUUUAAGUGAAAAAUUCUUCAACCUAAAAGCCUCAUCUUGCCUGAGUCUUGGCAUCUUGAGUUGGGGGGGGGAGGGGGGGGGGAUUAGGUGUAUGACACCCAUGUCUUGGUGUAACAGGUGCCUUUUAAUUUCUCUUUUUUUUUAUAAAAUUCUGAUAAUUGAGACCAUGAGAAUCCUGCAAAAAAGUGUUUCAUGAGUAAAUGUUGAGCGGCUACAUGUACCAUGUUCUGAGGUUGUAUCCUGUUUAAUAUUAGAAUGUUCAUUUCAUGUUUUCUUUUGUGUAUCCUUAAUUUCUCUGUAGAUAUGCUCUUGAGCACGGUGCUUCGGCUCUGGCAGUGGAUAUUGAAGAUUGCAAGCUUCAUACUGGAUUUUCUGCGUCCUAUGAUUCCAUUGAUAUUUCAAAGCACCCUGUACAAAGGAGGGCUGCACUGAGAUCUUCGGACGGAUCUCUAAAUGGUAAAAAGGCAGAUAGUAGUGGAUCAUCAAAAAAUGGAAAAAGUCCCGGUGUAUUAUUUUCAUGAUGUUUUUAUUACAAUACCACAUUGCAAGAGACAAGUUGAACCAUUUGGUGAUAUAGUGUCACUUAGCUUUGACGUGGACAACCAGUAUAUUUUACCUCAUCAUUUAGUUUGUUUGUUACAAAAUGGAAAUACUUUCAUAUAGUCUCUAUUUUUCGUAAACAAAAUUAUGGAUUGGAUAAUUGAGAUAUUUAUGUUCUGUGAAGAAGAAGAUAUGGAAAUUUCACGGAAAUGAUAGUAUUAGGUGUGAAUGCAUCGAAUAUAAUUGCUUUGAGCAUCUUUUUUACAUCUUGUACGCUAUUGAUGUAGGUGAAGUUUUCAAUCUGUUUGCCUUCCCUUCGGAGUGCAAUUUCUCUGGUCGGAAGUUUCAUCUUGAUUUGGUUGAAAUCAUCAAGGGAAAUGCGGGGAAAAUUUUGGAAGGCUCAACAAAAUGCAAGUGUGUUGAAUUUUUUUACUUUAAAGUGAUAUUUUUAUCUCUUAUUUAAUCCCAUUUUCAUUUAUCUAGACAAACUAGUGAAAUUUUUAGAUACACUUGUAUGUUUGUGGUUUCUACUUUGAAGUUUUCUGAUACUUUCUUAAAGGAUAUCAUGAAGGCUGUGAAACCACAAGGUUUAUAUUCAUCAUUUAAUAUAUUUGAAUAGUGUUACGGCGGUUACUGAUUUUCUUUGUGAACAGCUGAGGGGAUGAUAAAUGACGCAACAUACAUGAAGGAUUGACUGGCUUAUUUGUGCCCUGGCAGGGCUCAGUAAUGACUCAAAGUCCAGUGGGCAUGCUUAGAAAAGAUCAAGAAAUAGAAAGCGUGCAGGGAAUUGGUGGGUGGGAGGAGAAGACAACUAGGCCAGGAUGGAGAAGCAUUAGCAGAAGGGAUGAGUGGGAGGAGAAAGCACACUAGAGCCGGUUGGUGAAGAUCAGUUGCAGCUGCUGAUGACCUGUGAUCUGUACCAAAAUUCUUUUUCUGAGGAGUAAAUUUAUGUGUAAGGUUGGCAGGAAAUAGUUAGAGGACUAGAGCAUGCAUGCAUUCCGAUUGAUAGCUAGCCUUUUGGUCGCAAUGGGUUCCGAAUCAUCAACAAUGGUCGCUUCAUGUUGCUCCAAACUCCCGGUUUAGAGGGAGAGCCACGUGUUUGGUCGUUCUUAUUAAUGAUGGAGCGAUUACUAGAUGGAUAAGUAACAUAUGAAGACAUGCAUAGAUUAUGUCAUGGUAGAAAUGCAUUUUUUGAUAUCAUGAUAGAGAAAAAAUUGUCACUCAUCUCUAAAUUUCAAAGUCAGGCAAUUUGGAGAUGGAUGGAAGCAAGCGGACAUUGUAAUUGCUCUAAUUUAUCAGAAAGAAUAUGGAGAUCCAGUUGUGUUUAGCUGCUAAAAGUAAAUAUUAAGAAAAAUAAAGCAGAAUCAGAAGAAGAGCCAGAUGAACCGGCUUGUCUUUGGACUUUCUUAAAAGCUUAAGAUAAUCCUAAUAUUGUGUUAUGAAUGAAGAAAACAGAUUGGUUGGAGAAUAAUUUGCAAGUAGAGAAAUAGGACAAUAAUGGUUUUAAGAAUAAUUGUGCGAUGCCAAAAAUUAGCAAAGAGAAAUCGAGUCUCUGAGGAAUAAGAUAGGGCUGCUUUUUAUUAGUAAAUGCAUGAAAUAAUAGAUUCUGCGCAGUUUAUGCCUCACUAAUGGUUUACUUAAGGCAUGUAGCCUGUUAAGAAAGUUUAGAGAUUUCUCCAUGUGAUUUGCUAAAGAGGUGUUUGCUUACAUUGUACUUAAAAAGUUAUAGCAAUGAAUUAUAUGGUAAAGCUGCUGUUAAUGACACUCAUGGGAGUAGACAGUUGUGGAGGUGGGACAUGGUAGGAGGCAAUCAAAACAAUACAUAUAUACUCAUGUAAGGAUCAGAUAAAGGAUAAAUUCUAUGUAUCUUGCCAGGGAAUUCCAAAUGUUUUUUUUAUUAUAUUUGAUCAUCUCUAGAUGUUCUGCACACAUCAUGAUGACUUGUCGCAUCAUUACAAUUUUGGUAUUUUAUAUAAUUUGGAGUUAUAUGAAAGAUGAUUGAUUGUGAUGAUUAAUUACUAUUUUUGGUGUUACUAUUACCAAAGUAGUGAUGGUGGAGAUACGAAUUAACAGCAUUAAUAUCAGCUUCAUUUCCUUCUAUUUCAACUUCACUUGCGAUCACUCAUUUUUCAGAAACAGACACUCAUUACUUGAGAUAUAAUCAUUGACAUCAUGUACAUGUCUUGAUUAGCAUUAGACACAUCAAUGAAAUGCAUUGUCCACAUGCAAGGGGAUGAACACAGGAUUCUUUAAAUCUACCAUUUUUAUUAACAACAUCAUUUAUCAUUUUGGUUUUCUUUAAUUUUAUUUUGUGAUGUGGCAUGGUAAUAUAUAUCUGCAUCUGUUGAAUAAGAGUUCCCAUAUCGUGUUAUUGUUUCUGGUUUGAUCACCAUCUUCCAUAAAUUUGCAUUCUAUUGCUGUACUUUCUAAGAAAACUGAUCUACAGGUUGUAUUUUCUUUCUUGGCAUUAAUGCUCCUCUUUUUUUCAUCUUCUUUGAUUUUUCCUAUCAUUAUAACAGUUGAUUAGAAAGUUUUCUACACAAUUUAUUUUGUUGAGGCAGUGGGAGAUGGAUGGUUUUAAUUGAUGCUUCAAAGGGAUGUGCUACUGAACCACCAGAUUUAUCUAGGUUCCCAGCUGAUUUUAUUGUUAUUUCGUUCUACAAGGUAUCUGUUGAUGUCCAUUAGCCAGAAUCUAUUCAUUUUUCUGUUUGCAUUAUUGUUUGCAUACCGUAUCCAGUCAGUUUUUACAUCCUGUUUCUUUUUUGAUUCUCAUUUAGAUGUUUGGCUAUCCAACUGGGCUUGGUGCUUUAAUUAUUCGUCAAGGUACAGUUCAGUAUCACUACUGUUUUCACUUGUUUAAUUGUCCAUCAUAUGUCGACUGGUAAAAAUAAAGCAGAAUCUGGAUUUAUUGACCUAAAAUACAACUCAAAAACCAAUAGGAUACAGUCAGGGUCCUUAUGUCAAUGCUACAAUCCUUGUUAACUCCAUUGAUUUAUGCUAAUAUUCUCCAUUGUUGAUUGCAUCGGGCUAUUUCAUUUCUCUUUUAACAGAUAUUCAACCAUGCUAGUCAAGUGAUUUUUGUUUUCAUUUGUCUGAAGAAUAUUCCUGAAAUGAUGGAGUUGACAUGUAAUCAUCAUGUAGGAGUAGACUGGGAAAGAUUCAACUGCUGAACAUUUUUUCUUGAGUAUCUCCUUGAUUCCUGGGGUUCCUUGUCUAAACUCUUUUGACUCUGUAGCUUUCCUGUAGGAUUCCAUGGACUGGUCAGUACUCCCUUUUGAUGCUUCUGGUUCUUCAUUGUACUAUAGGCAUCAAAUCUCCAAAUGAUGUUAUUUGAUUCAAUGAUAACGUUUUUGAGAAUUUCGUACUAGAUCUGGGAGUCUCUUAUUCAAAGAUAGAAUUCUGUGAGUCGGUUUUUUUUCAAGUCCAUACUUGUCUUUCUAAGUCACGUUCUUGAUGGGCAUUGCUCAGCUGACUAGUCUUUUACUGCAGAGCCUCUCCAAUUAGGAUACCAUGAUGAAUGUAGAUGUCACCAUUCUUAGGAAUUUAUAUUUCUUAACCUUUCUUGAAGUCAUCUGAAUACACGAAUCUCAUGAAUUUUUCAUUUUUAACCAGAAUAUUUGAAGGCAUAUUAACCUGGUUACCCUUUUUUCCAGUAUCAAUAAUGUAUCGUUUUUCUAUUUGACUAAAUUCAGAUUUUUUUUUUCCUGUUACUGCUCAGAUGCUGCCAAAUGGCUAAGAAAGACAUAUUUUAGUGGAGGUCUGUAACUGGAUUCUCUGUUGAUUUUUGUAUCGGUUGAUGGGCUUGAUAGCAUGUGCUUACGUCUUCUCUUUCUCCAGGUACAGUAUUGGCUUCCAUAGCCAGUAUGGACUUUGUCAAGAGGAGGGAGAGCGUUGAACAGUUGUUUGAAGAUGGAACUCUGUCAUUUUUGAGUAUAGCAUCCAUUCGCCAUGGAUUUAGAAUAAUCAACUCGCUUACUAUGUGUGCAAUUAGAAGGUAAGAUGGUGCUUGGUUUUAUAUAGAUAUGGACAAUUUUGAACGAUAUCAUUUUAUUUGUAAUUAGUGGACAACGGAGUGGGAAGAAACGCAAAACUGUUAUUGGGAGAGUUACGUUUAUUCACACAGCACAUUGACUUCUCAAGUGUUUGUGCUGAUUCCACAAGGAGAUAAAGAAUGAUCGUCAUAUUGAUUAGUCGUGAGGAUACGGGCAUGAUAGGAAACUGAAAAAUAAUAAUGAUCCAGUAUAUACUGACGGUCCAGAAACCCAGCAACCCCAUCCGCCGGUAGUUGAAAAGAAUAGUCCUCAAGAUUCUCUAGCAAUCUGGGACUUUUGUCGCUUCAUGUUUAGCUUGCUCUAUGCAAGAUUUAGUUGGUUUCUAUAUGGUCAUUUGAUUAAUAUUUUUUACCAUGAUCUCCUGAAUGCACGUGGGGGAGACAGAGUCAGCUGGGAUCUAGCUUCUUAUUGAUCAAAAGUUGAGCAUUUCAUUGUGCAGCAGGGGCUGAAACGCCUGCAACUCGAGUUGCAGCAAACCAAGAAACUUUAAUAAACAAAAUAGAGGGAGAAGACGAGCAGGGAUGUGCAUUAGAGAGGAGAGGAUAGGGAGGGGGGUGGCAGCAGAUCCGAAGCUUGCCUUCCACACAGGUGACGGCUCACAUCCAUUGCCAAGGAAGAUGGCACCGGCGAUGGUUGAAGUUAGUUUAUGACUUACCCUGAACAAGAAAUCUUGUCAAUAUUGACAACUCUGUAUUCAAUUAUGCCACAAUCUAGAAAAAAGGUUAGAUAUUGAGGACAUGCAACAAUCAUUUUGUGCUAAGCAGCUUGCUUCUCCAAGCUAUUUUUCGUUUUUUGUCAUUAGUUGAGCAUGCUUGAUAUGUUUACUGUAGAUUGAGCGGCAGUGUUAGUGAUGUAAGUGGGCUUUACUAUAAUACCUGCAGUUGAUCUUCUGUCAUCGUGUGAUUCAAUCUUUUAAAUAGUCACUUGGCAAUCAAUCUGCCUGUAUUAAGAUAUAGAAUAAAAUUUACUUGUCUUUGAGCUGGAGCUAAAACAAUGUAAAAUCUUAUCAAAAGUUUUCAGAUAAUUACUCCAUGAGUGCGAUAACUAUGUAUUCCUUGAAUAAUUCUAUGAUAGAAAAUUGUCUUCUCAUUAUCAUGGGCGAUCACCAUGCCUUCCCGAGAGAAAAACUUCUGAUCCUUUUAUUUUAAAAAAAUAAAGUGUGGCUGUUACUGCUUUGCUUAUAUCAAUAACUGGCCAAGUCAUCCUGAUAUAUUCACGCUUGUGAAGACUACUUUGUGUUAUGUAUUACUCUCUUCAAUUUUGACACAAUCUCGUGCCAUGUAUCUAGGUGCGCUUUGCACAAUCACCAUGGCCUCCCUGGCUGACUAACCUUCACCAAUCGUCAUCUUAAUAGUUUUUUCUGCCACAUUACUUGCCGGUAUCUUCUUCCUUUCAAUUGUCCUUCUGAAGUUUGUGUCCUCCACUGAAACCUGGCCGUUCCAUUGUUCAACAAAACUACUAAAUGGACAUUAGAAUCUAAGUUCAAAGUAAUCUUUGUCUUCUUCCCCAAGAACAUGCCAUUACAGAUGUUUCAGUGAAAGACAUGAUACAUGCAUCGUAUCUAUUAGUUCAAAGCAAAGUCCUUGUCGAAGCCAAUCUGAAAUUUUAAAAUUCGAUUUCCUUAAACGUCUUUCAGAUUCCUUUUUCUUGUUCUGAAGUACUGUGUCACUCUAUCAUAGUGUGUAGGAACACAAUCCUCCGAUUUACCUCGUAAAAUACUGCAGUAAUAACAAGAAUUUUCAAUGUGUGGAUUUCAAAAACUAGUUGGUAAACACUGGGAGCGUUCUUCUUUUGGGCAUACGUUCCUUCUGGGCAUGGAGCCUGCAAUUUGUAUAAAAACAUUAUAUGAGCAGAUUCCUACAGAAACUUGGAAUGAGAGGACCUUGGGCUUCAGGGUUAUCUAAAGGUUCUAGUUGAAAUGGUUAGAAUUCAUUAUGGUACCAUGAUGAGGCCAAAAGUGGUAUCUUGAUUGUUUUUGGUGUUUCAAAACUCCGAGAGAGAAUGUAUGACGCCAUUCUGGUGAGUGGCUACCAGAGGCGAUCAAUUCAAUAGGUUGCUGGACUUAUCAAGGAGAUGGAAGGAUGGCCUACCAGACAGGUAACUGAAAAGGAAGUUAUUUCAUAAUUUGGAAGACGGCUAUCUGGAAACAAUGAUCGGAAAGGCAGUGAUCUAUUGUCUGUAAUGCCAACCAAAAGAACGAGCUGACUGAAAUUGUUUGAAUUUGUCUAUGGUUUGUGACUAAAAGGGAUAACAUCAUGGUGUGAGAGUAUAGUACAUCCUUUAGCAGUGUAUAUGGAAGGGGGACAACACAGAAGUAUUAAACCUGCUGAUUAAGAAGAAUAUGUGGAGCAUUUCUUGUCUACAUAUUGGACAUCAUGUAGAUGUCAUAAGAAAGUAGGGCUUAAUAAAGACCCGUUGAGGGCUGUUGGGUUUAGUAGUCUAGUAGUGAUCCAUGCAUAUUGGAGCUGAAGAAAUGGUCAUAUUGGAUUCACAUUAUUCAGGGUCAGCUGAAAACAACGUGCUUCUGUUUGAAAUAUUGUCAGAAAUUCAGCGGCUUAAUUUUAAUUUUUUUUGUUUAGGUUAUUUAUUGGUGCUUUAAUGUUUUCACAAUUUAUUUUUUCUGCUGCUUUUUUGUGUUGAAAGGGUUUAUCCUGGAUAAGUUUUUUUUUUGUUCUGUCUGAGUAUCUUUUUAUAUAAAGCAUUUUUGAGGCUGGUUUGUAUUUGCUCGAAAAUUGGUAAGGAAGCAAAAGUUUUCUGGGGAUGUCUUGUCAUAAUGUAGUUUUCUUCAUUACAGUUACUAGAGCGAGCAUACUUAGGGUUGAAAUUCGGUUUGAGUUACCAUGCAUGAGUCACAAAUUCCAAUGUAGGAGGUCAGAAUUGAUCAUUACUGUAUUACAUAGUGUGCAUCUAUUUUAUUCACUCUGAAGAAAUAGGGGGAAUUCGGCUAAGUAAUAUAAAAUCUAUGUUUUAAAAUUGUAGAUGUCUCACAACAUGUGCUACUAUUAUUUCUUGUUCCGACUUCAGAUUAUGAUUUGAUGUCGUUGUUAUUUUCCAUUGGUUUGUUUUUUUGAAAUAUUUCAUUAUUUGAAUUUUGAAGACAUACCGCAUCUCUUGCCACUUUUGUGAGGAAGACACUCAUGCAACUGAGACAUGGGAAUAGAGCUAAGGUUUGCGUAAUUUAUGGAAGAAAUAUUGCAGAGGUUAGUGUUCGUAUCUUACUGGUUGAAUAACUUGGUGAAAGUCUUUUUUAUUGCUUUGGUUUUCUCUGAUUUCUCUAGGAAGGCCAUUUUUUGUUUGGAACUGAAUGAUAUGCAUGAAGUUUAAGUUUACCUCUGUUGGAUGAAAGGAUAUGUAAAAUAAUGUGAUUAUAUUUUAUAUUAAAUAUUUUUAUUUUAUCUAAUAAAAAUAUUUAUUCAAUUGAAGGGAAAUAAUUCAUAAUUAUCAGGUUUGGCUUAUUACACUCGUUAUCAAUUUAUUUUUCACUUGGAAAUUCUUAUGCUUUUAGAAUCGAACAGUAAGCCCUGUUUUUAGGUUGUAUGCCCUGUUUGCAUUGUCAACAUAUUUGAGUUAUAAAGUUGUCAGGUACUUGAAGGGCCUUGUACGAAAAAAUUAAAUUGUGCUGUCAAACUAGUGUGCCUCUCUCUCUCUCUCUCUCUCUCUCUUUGGAAUUAAUAUGUUGAGAUGUGGUGUUGUACCUCGAGACAAAAUGAUGAGUGAUGUAGAAGUGGGAGGCCUAAAGGUCUCAGCUCAGAAGGGCUGAAAGGGUAAAGCGUGGAAGGUUCAAAUGGGCUGUCUUGAUGGUCUAUUAGGCUAAACACUCGUUCUCUUUUGUUAGGUAUUCUCUAGGUCGUUGUAAUUUGAUUCCUAUGCAGAUCGAACUAGCUAAAUGUUCACAUGUAUAUUUUUUCCCCUCUACUCCAUCCAAGAAAUCUGUUAAUGUGCAUGCACUGCAUUGAGGACUGCAUAUGGCUUUUUACUCCUAGAGAUUUAACUUCAUUUGUUUCAUGGAAUAACUCAUGUUUUCUCUUACCUUGUAUUUUUUUUCUUUAUGAAAUCAUGAACAAAGUUGCUUGAAACCAUUUUAUUUAUUAUAUUUUUUUAAUUUUAUGAUAUCAAGUGGCAGACCAUUAUUAUCUUGUGUUAUCUUUGCACAUGUCAUCUUCUUCAUAUUACUCUAACCUUUUUUUAAUAUGGUAAAUUGUACAUCAGUUGGGCAGGCAAAUCUCUAGUUCCCUGGAUACAUGUUUCUAUGUUGUGUUUAUUUUUUACUAGAACUCUGCACUGUGAUUUACGGUUCUGUUGUUACAUAUCUGCUGUCUUUUCCAGAGCAUCAUCAUCUAGUUAUAGGAAUUAAUAAAAUUAAAAUAUUUUAGUUAGUUUCCAAUUUUUGUAUAGUCAUUCAGUCAAAAAUCAAUUUUUGGGAACUGAUUCCGUUUGUUAUUAACCAGAUUUCAUAUCGGGGCUUGGGCCCUACUAUUGCAUUCAACUUGAAAAGACCAGAUGGGUCUUGGUUUGGAUAUCGUGAGGUGGAAAAUCUGGCAUCUUUGUCUGGGAUUCAGUUGCGGGUAAAUGAACCAGUUUCGGUAUUUCUUGAUUCUAAUUUAUAUAUUUCUAGUGCCUAUUAUUUGAUGAGGAACGUAGAAAUAUGUUCUUUAUGUAUUCAUUCUUGGGCGGCUAUUAAAACAGCAUUCAUGCUUGCAUGUAGUAUUUUUUUUGUGGUUCUCUCACCUAGCAUGAAUUCUAUUAUCAUUUCUGAACGCUCAAACCCUAAGUUCCAUUUUUUAAAGAAGGCAAUGCCACAUCAUCAUUAAAUUAGGGGAAAGUGAGGGAUGCAUUCCAUGAGCUCUCAGAAAUUUUUUGUGCUUCAACUAUGUACAACACAAAGAUUGCACACGGCAUACUACUAACCCAAAACAACUGAUCUGGUCUUUUGUUAUUUCACAUAGGCAAUUAAACACUAUAUGAGAAAAUAAGUGUUUGUUUCUUUCACUUCAAAUGGUCCAAAGGCUGGCAUCAGUGAUAACUAGACUGGUAAUGCCCAUUAGGGUAAUGUUGGGUCCAAGUGUGUGUUGGACCCUCUCUCUUCUCUUGUUUGACAAUAGGAGGGAAGAGGAUCGCUGCUGUACUCUUUGUCUCCUUGGAAGUAGGAUAAGCUCCUCUGAGCAUCAAUUAAAUUUGCAAUGCAUUUAUUUGCAAUGAUGAAAACUAUGCAGCGGUGGAUAUACAGUGGAAAGAAACUCUGCUUGUCAUAUGGCAAGUACAAGGGCCACGAAAUAAGGAGACUACCUAACAAAAUAGGAAACCGAUCAACUAAGAGCCAAACUCCUGAGUAUACAUUAUUUACCAUGGUAUAUAAUCACAGACAGAUCGUGUCCUAUGCAAGGUUCUUUAUGCUGAAAUGCUUUAGUUUGGUGCCCCGUUUCUGAUAACAUGAUGUGCUGACUUAAUUAAUUCCGUUAUUUAUUGCACGAAAUAUCUUUGCAAAUCUUACUGAGUGCUGUGCAUUGACGCUAGAUUUUUAACUUUUCCAGUCUUCUUCUCCUUGCGACUUGUUCUAAAUCUUCAAUAGCACCUUCCUCUUGCUCACAAAUAGUCAACACCCUUUGUCAUAAUUAACAUGGGGUUGUGCCUCUCUAAAGAGAGGCUAGAUUUUUUUUUAUUAAAGCCCAUUCUGCAUUACCUGUCCCUUUGAUUUCCAUACUGGGUCCAAAAAAAUCAUAAAAAAUAAAUUUCCAUUUAUAAGAGAAAAGGUUUGUCUUUCUUUGUUGAACUUUUGAUUCAAAGAUGAGACGUCUUUGCUUUCAUGAAAAAUAAAAAAUGGUAAUACAUCGGAUAAUGGACAGAAAAACCUUCAGAAAAUAAGCUUCCAUCUUAAAGAUAAAAAAAAUUGGUUUUCGUCGACCUCUUGAAUUAAUGAAAGCAAAUGUCUUUGCUCUGCAUCAAAUUCGCAGAUACUUCUGGAAUUGUUAAAAUCAUGUGCAAAGGUGAUCUUUUGACAAACUUCUUUCUCUAAUGUUAUAUGUAGACUGGCUGUUUUUGCAACCCAGGUGCAUGUGGGAAAUAUCUUGGUCUUUCAGAAUCAGAUCUUAUGUCCAAUUUUGAGGUAAAUUAUGCAAACACUAGUUUUCUUCCUAGCCUUUUGUUGAUGAAUCAUUAUGGUACGCCAAGGUUCAGUGAUAUACUCAGGUAAGUCAGCUAUACUUCGCUAAUGAGAUGUUUUUGCAGGCAGGACAUGUCUGUUGGGAUGACUGUGACAUACUGCGUGGAAAACCAACUGGGGCUGUUAGGAUAUCCUUUGGUUAUAUGUCAGUGCUUGAGGAUGCGAGGGUAACCUGUUCUUUUCACGUCUAUGUGACAUUCAUAGUUGAAAGUAGGGAAAUUAAAUACUCUGCGUCCGUUUUCUAUUCCAUUGGUUCGUGAUUUCUCUAGCUAUUAUACACUUAGUUCAUGUAUUUCGACAGUGGCUAAGAUGCAAUUUGUGUCCUUGUCAUGUCAAAUGGCUUUGUAUUUUAAUGGAAACACUUUCUGUCGGUUAUCUUUUCUGGAAAUGAUUAUCUACUUUUCAUUUUUGAAAGUAAUGGACUGACAAAAGAAGGCAUUUUCUGGAAAUGGCAGGACUCACUGACUGUUCAUUUUUUAUUAUAUUUUCAACGGAUAAAGGCUACUCGAAAUCAGAAUAUAAAAAAUACGAUAAGUUUUCUGCAAUUCAAUGUUCGAACUUACAUUUGAAGGCAGAUUGUAUCAUUGAAUUUCACCAUUGAGCAUAAAGCCUUUUAAGAAAACGAAUAAUAGAGUGGAAAUGAUUUUUGGACUUUAUUCCAGGAGUCAAAACAUUCAGUAUAACAAUUGGAAUCGUUUAGUGAGGAUGAAUAAUCUUUCUCCAGUUUGUUACGUAUUAAAGCGUCAUACAGCAAUGAAGAUGGAGGUGAUGGAAGGUAAAGUUGUAUUGGAUAUCAAGAGCUAUCAUAGAACUCGCCAUAAUAACGUUAUCCAACAUUAAACUAUGUGCUACAAGCAAUUAAAUCUAAUAUGACUUAAAAUUCACUGAAAUCUGCUUGUUUGUUACCUUUUCUUUCCUAAUCAACUUCUCCGCACUUUUCUUUUAUUAUUUACUAAUUUAGAAAGAGGGAGCUAGACCCUAGUUUCCUACACAAGUCAUAAAAUUUGAUGAGACAUUCUAUGAUAAAAUAUUGUCAUCUUCGUCUUUUUUAUCGUUGUUUGGAAUAAUUCACUCGUCUACCCAUUAUGUGUUGUAUUUAUUUAUCUGAAAAUGGCUUGUGGAAAUGUCUUAAGGUUUUACACGUGUCCUGGACGUUUUCCACCAAAUUCAAUCCAGACUAAUAAUGCGUGUACAUAUUUUUCAAUAUUUUAUUUGGCUCCUUAUCUUAUUUUCGGUCCAUCUCUUUGAAUUUCUAACAUUUUUUUUGAGACCAUCCUUUUAAAUAGUUUUGAUUUUUAUUAUUAGACAAUCCUUUUUUUUGAGGGUUUUUUUUUUCUCUUGAUCAGAAAUUUUUGAAGUUUGUAGAAAAUUCUUUCGUAUCAAAAAGAAAUUCGCUUGGAGAAGAACAUGCACUGGAAAGUAAAUUAAUUCCUUUCUCAGGUAAUUUUUUUGUUUCGAACAUUAUUUUACUGCUGAAAAAAAUGUGAGGAUCAACAACAGAUUGCGAGAUAAAUGAUAGUUGGAGUCUGAAGACUAUUUUUCGGAACUACUUAGAGCGUAGAGCUUUGUAAAUUGGUAGAAUCUCAAUUCUUGAUAAUGAAAUAAUCUAACGAACAACCAUGUUGUUUUGAGUGAUUCGUGACAUUUGAAGUGUGUCAUUUACCUCAUUUUAAUGGCCAUUUAGUAAUAUAUUGGCCUGUUGCUGCAUGAUGCCUAGUCAGUGAAGGCAAAAUUUAAUGCAUAAAGUUGUUCUUUGCUUUUCUUAUACACCACAUAGUUUUCCUGACACCUCAUUUCUUUGAGUAUGAAUAUCAAUGUUUCGCUUUUACAUACGCUCACAUUAUUUUUCUACCUGACGGGACAUGAUUGAUACUAUGUUUUGUCGAAUGUUUUAAAUGUUGUUAAUUUACUCACAGUAAGUGACCAAUCUUGCCAAGUUGAGUGUGCCACUAGUCUUUGAUACUGCCUAGCUCAAUUGGUGAUCCAAUCACCCAUUUUAGAUUGGUCUCUGGUUAAUGACGUCACUGUUCAAAAGAUUGGAACUUUGAGGUUUGGGUGCAAAGUGCCAUUGAUGUGAUCUUGAUAGCUGUGUUUCUAGAUUUUCAAUAUGUGAAUUCUAUGGUGCCUUUCAACAUUUUCAAAUUGAAUUUUUAUUUAACAUUUAAUUACGUAAAACUUAUUCAGUAUUAUAUCUGUAAAAAAAUCGGUCUAUUCAGCUUAAUAUAAAUUUUGCAAGUAAACGUCUGCACAUUAAUCACAGCAUUUAAUUGAUCUACUCUGAUGUGAGACAGAUCUGACAUGUCUCCUCAUAUGGAGGCUGACUUUUUUAUGUCAUGCUACAUGGACAGUACUAAGUACAUUUUGACCGCAGCAGAUGGCCAAACUUCAGAUCAGUUAGAUUCAACUCUAUGCAUCGUAACCGAGGGGAUCAAUUAUUUCAAUAAGCACAAUGCUACUUAAACAGUAUCAUUUUUGUACAGGAGUAUAGAAAAAGGAAAAGUACUAUGCUCCCGCUCCCACAUUUUUCCCCUCCCUCACUCUGGGUUCAACUCUGUUAAUUUAACCUUGUUAAUUUUCUGAUCCAGAUUGGAAACAACCAGGAUUUCCGGUUAUUAGCUCCAAUGCUCUCUUUUUCUUGUUUUAAGAUGAUCAUCCAGAUUAUUUUGACAUGUCUUCAUCAAAGUGACAUGAGAAAAUGCAUAAAUAAUCGUUCUCAUUACUUAAGAUUCUCUGAGAGCUUUAUGCCCUGAUCGUCUAGGUAGUGAGACUGUUUCAUCCCUCAACAGUAUGCUCCAACAGAGAGCCAGUGAGUGAAGAAUUCUCGGUACUUGACUUUUGUUGCAUACCUUCUGUUGGAAGUUCUAGGUCGUAGGGAAAUAAUGUAAUAAAUUGAGGGUGUUUUUUGAAAAUUUGUCUAGGGUUUCUCCCUAUAUUAAGGGGUGUAAUAGUUGAACGGAAUUGAGGCGGUUUCCACUGUUCUCCCCUCUGUCCUCCGUGAUAGAGGGUUCUCUCAAUUUUCUACACCUUGGAUGGACUAAAACUCCACAGUUGAAUGUGUACAUCUUGAGAUUUCAUAAUCUACGCAAUCAGGCAAAUAUCCAAUAUGUCAAUGUCGUCAGCCUCUAGAAAUCAAUAUUGUUUGGUUAUUUUAUCAGAAAAUGUAAGUUAUCUUUUCCUUCAGUGGUGUGGAUACAGUUGCCUUCUGCUGACUGAACCUGAGCAUCACAGAGAACAAACCGCCUGUCGCUCAUCAUUUUGUAUAGGAGUUUUUGGUGUUCUAGUCUCUGAUCAUGUUCUGUUAUAUUUUGCCUUUUAUCUUAUUUUUUUCAAUUUUCUGAAAUUCUUUGAUGACGCUUAUUGCUCAUUUAAGUUUAAGUGCAUCACUUAUAGCCCAAGUUUUCGAACAUUUUGUUAGAAAUAAUUAUUAAUUUUUUCAGUGAACAAUUAUUCAUGAAGCUUCCUUUUGUUCUUCGCAUUUUUAAGCUAUGCUUUUAUUUUUCCUCUUUAUACUUAUGUUAGUAGGAUGCGCUUUUAAUCAUUCCAUCUGCCGGUUUUAUUUUCUUGUUCUUACAGCUAGCUUGCGGGAACCAGAAACCAGAGGCAUUUAUCUGAAGUCUAUCACUAUUUACCCAAUAAAAUCUUGUGCUGGAUUUAGUACAGAUAGUUGGCCUCUAAGCUGCACUGGUUUGUGUCUUCUACUUCCAUUUCCAAUUCUCUGUUUAGCCACAUGCAAAUCUGAUGUCACUCGCUACAUUGUUUAUUAUUUCUUUUCCGGCUUCUUGAACCUAGGACGCUCAAAACACUAGUUUUAAGACCCCCUACUAACUGAAUUUAGACGUUCCACGAGCUUCAUAUUAUUAGAUAUAAAUUCUCUUUUCAAAUUUUGUUUUCUUGCUGUUGACUAAUGGACAGUUAAUGAUGCUAGUCACCUGCCUAUCAUUAAUAGGAGUUGAUACUUUUAUCCCUCAUCAGAGGUGCAUAGAAACAAAUUAGGCUGACCGAGCUCCAUCCUCUUCUAAGGGCUGGUCGAUCCCCAGGGAUCUCCCUUUAGAGGUUUUUCAUCCCCAGUUUAGGGCCACCUGGGCCGUCUCAAAACCCCUCCAGGGAUCUCUCUUCGGAUGUGCUUUAGUUCAACGUUCUUUUCUGCAUAGACAAGCCAUCCCAAUUCAGACUCAGUUGGUGGGUUUGCUGAGGCUGACUUGAUUCCCCUAGGGAAGACUAGUCUUGUUUAGUCCAGGCACCGACAAUAUCUCACCUUGAUAGGUGGAGCAGUCUGGCCUUAUUGAAUCCAUCUUUGGGUGGCUGCUUAAGCCUAAGCUAAUAGAAAUUCUAUCUCAGGUCGAACUGUACGUUGAAGAGUGAGGAGGGUUUUUUUUUAAUUUUUAAUUUUUUUCUUCAUUCAUCUGAAUAAUGGGCGAAAUAAGGUUUAUUGACAUCAUUUAGAAAGGAACACCCUAUUAUUUUAGACAGCAGAUAAGUAACCUUGUUGUCUGUAAAAAUGAACAGCCUAUUGACCUAAGGUUCCUAUAUAAAUAAGGUUUUACUAUUAUUUUUUAUUUUCUUAUAAUAUCACUGUUCUAAGGUCAAGACAUGUCAAGCUUUCCUUGUCCACCAUAUUGCAAGGAUGUGAUGAAAGUCAUUUUAAAUUGCUUUACUUGACCACAAUCUCAUAUGGCUAUAUUUGAGUUAAUUUUCAUUUUUAUUGUGAUUAUGCACAGGCUUGAGAUAUGACCGAGAAUGGCUUCUGAAAGCUCCGAGUGGUGAAGUACUUACUCAAAAGAAGGUUAGCCUAUGUCUAUUAGAGCAUUAUCUAAUGAUAACAUUCAUCUCCUCGUAGGUCAUAUUGUUCAAGGUCAUGGUCACUCAUAAAUCCUUCAAUUUCUUAAACAAAGUUAGGUUCAAAUUUGGCUGAAGAUUGCUUUUCUUUUGAUGAUUUUCUGAGAGCCAUUCUUCUUCACCUGUGAUUGAUUUAUUGGUAUCUUAGACGUGAAAGCUUGUUCCAGAUCAAUGACUAUAUUCUUCACUCUAACCUAGGCAUCCAUACUUCUGCAGUCAAUGCUUUGAUAGUUUGGUCUUUCAUAUCCUCUUUGAAAACUAACAGAAUCCCCGGACAUGGAAGUGUAAUUACGCUGGGAAGAAUCCCAGGCCAGAGUUUGUGCACCCCUUUGCUUUGAUCUCUUCAUCUCUCUCACCUUCUUCUUCACAAAAAAAUAAAUAACUCACAUUUUAACAGUAGGUGUUUCCUAUUUUCUUGAAAAGUGACCAAACUAUGGGUGCACAAAGGCACCAAUUUUUUUCCAAACAAAACUUGUGAAGGAAUGAAAUUUAAUUCUUUGGUAUGGUUUAAGUCAGGUAGAAUCCAAAGGCUAAAAUACUAUCUUUAUUUGCUUUGAUGAAUCCCACAGUAUAGUAUGCUUGGACCAUUUUGAGUGUUAGGGUUAUGUGAAAAGGAACGUUGACUGUCAUUUGUGGUUCUACUGUUGACUAUUAUAGUUUUUUUUAAUAAAAUAAAAUUAUUAUAGAAAAUAUUGAUUCUGUGUAAUUUUUUGUAUAAUUAUACAAUUCUGUAUAGUUUUUUAAAGGGGUUAUAAUUUCUUCUUGUUUGGUUUCUGUAACUUUUGCAUGGGUCAAAACAUAAAAGAAUUUGUAUUUUCUUUCAGGUUCCAGAAAUGUCCAAAGUUUCAACAUUUAUUGAUAUAACUCAGGGGGUGCUAAGAUUGGAGUCUCCAAAGUGUGAAGAGAAAUUGGAGAUAUCUAUUGAAAAUCGUGUUAGCCACAGUCCAAGAGAAGAGCUAGAUGUUUAUGGUCAAAGGUGCAUAUCAAAGCGAACCAUAUCCUUCUCUUUAUUCGCUUGCAUUUUGACCCGUCAUUCAGUUAUAUAUAUUAGAGCUUUCCCUCCUGAAAUGAAUCAAAUAGUUUUUUUUUUCUUCUAAUUUUCUCACAAGGUUCUGGCAUUUUUAUUUCAACUAGAGUUGGGUAAUUCUUCCUCAGAUCUGUUACAUAAUCAUACCUUAGAGACUCUUUUAUAAAAAUAUUAAAAUAGAUAAAGGGCGAUCAGUGGAUUACAUCUAUUUGUUAGCGUGUUUGCACUAUUUAAAAUCGAUUUGAAAAAUUCCUCUCACCUCAGUCCAAUGCACUUUCAUCUCCUUUGAGCCCUUCUUGCCUCUAGUUAAGGCAGCUGCGGCAAUUCCCGCAGUAGUCAGUGAACGUUCUCCAGCCUUCAAACUCUACGUUUAUUCAUAGAUUAUUGCAUUUUGUUAUUAUCUGACAUACGCCCUUUUGAUAUUACGGGAAAUCCGUGAUUCAUUUCGAUUUUUAAGUUCAAAAUAAUGCGGGUGAUGAUGAGCAGGCUAUUUUUGCAUUUUGUUAUUAUUUGACAUACACCCUUUUGAUAUUAUGUGAAAUCAGUGAUUCAGUUAUUUUUUUAAGUUAUAAAUAAUAUGGGUGAUGAUGAGCAGGCUAUUUUUGCAUUUUUAUUAUUAUUUGACAUACACCAUUUUGAUAUUAUGUGAAAUCAGUGUUUCAGUUAUAUUUUUCAGUUAGAAAUAAGUUGGGUGAUGGUGAGCAGGCUAUUUACAAGAUCCAUUAAUAAUAGACUGCUUGCACACCAGCAACUCCAAACUCAUUCUCAUCGUUUGAGUCCAGUUUUUCUGAUUCAGUUUGUAUCUUUAUUCAACUUCCAGUUGCCAUAUCCAAAGCACAUGAUUUGUGCCUCCUUAAAAUUAUUCAUCAUUUAAUGUCUUAGCUACUUUGACCAUCUUCCUUAUUAAUCAUUGUCUAUAGGUAUGAAGUUCAGGAAUAUGGCAAAGAAGUCAACGAGUGGUUCAUCACUGCCAUUGCGCGUCCUUGUGUUCUGGUGAGAUGCCAAAGUUUCAAAUAUCAGGAUUGCAGUAAGAAGGGGGACACAGGAAAUGCAUGCAGAGAUGUGAAGACCAAGCUGAAUUUUGUCAAUGAAGCUCAACUACUGUUAAUAUCCUUAGACAGCAUUGGAGACCUGAAUAGCAGAAUAAGAUCAAGUGAGCCACUUAUUCACCUAUGUUUCCUCAAGCUUUGAGAUAUUGUCCCUUGCGAUGAUGAUGAAUGCCCAUCGAAUGGCUGAACCCAUGGGUCAAUCUACCCAUUGACAUAAUUUUAUUCUACUGUAACAUCUAAUAUCGCUUAUUGUUCACCAUAAUCAGCAGCCCAUUUCCUCCAUCUCUUCAUUGCCUGCUUUGUUCUCUUUUUAGUAGGAAUUAGAGUGUUCAGUGAGUCUUUUAUGGGGUAUGUUGCAUUAUUUUCUCGAGUAUUUUAAUCUUUAAUGAUUUCUGAUAUGGUGGAUAUAUUUUCUCCGUUGCAAAAAAAGAAGAAUAAUCUUAUUUUCAUAUUUUUGGAUCCAAUUAUUUUGGCAGAAUAUAUUGAGGAGAAGAAUUUCAGACCAGAGCAGCCCAACACCAUCAACCCAGUGAGGUUCCGUCCCAAUAUUGUCAUCUCAGGAUCACCACCCUAUGCAGAAGAUAGCUGGAGGGGUCUUCAGAUUGGCAGAGCUCAUUUUACUGUAAGAAUUCAUCGCAUGAUUUCUUGGAAUCUUCAGCUGCUUUCAUAAGUAAUGCUAAAUUAGAGUCACCCUGCAAAAUAAGAUUUUUGAAUUAGAAAUAAUGGAAUAUUUCCUACCUAAAAGUAACAUCAAUUGUGAAUUAAACGGGUUUUAGAAAUACAAAAACUAAAAAAUUUCCAAGAGUUUUUGAGGGGGCAUUAUCUUCUUUAUCUGAUAUUUCGAAUGCUAAUACCAGAAAUGUAGCAGAUUUUCCCUUGAUUUCCAGAUGCCAGAUCGAUACAAAUCAAGUUUCCUUCAGCAUGAUUCUACCCAGAUCUCAGUUCCCAACUUCAGAAAAUACAGAACAUAAUUCCCUCCAAAAAACGGUUCUUCCAUCUAAACGUCUGCCCAUUUCAUCCAUUUCAAAUUCCUUCAUGAUCACCGAUAAUACAAAUUAUUUUUGACAUGUAACCUUCAUGAGAAAGAUGCUUCGAUUUCAGUUUCAGUCAUCAACAUGAGAGUUGAUACAAAAGUCUCCUCCAUGAUAUCCAGUUUUAUGCCUUUCUUAUGUUUAUUCAGUAUUCAAUUUUUCCAUUGAAAACUUCAAGCGGUAUAGAAAAUUUGCAUGAACAGUCUCCUCUUUUCUCACCGCAGUCACUGGGUGGGUGCAAUCGUUGCCAGAUGAUCAACCUCGAUCCUCUCUCCGGAAAAUCAAAGGAACCCUUGGUGACUUUAGCAUCAUAUAGACGGACCCAUGUAAGUAAAAGCCUUGACUUCAGUAUUCAAAAGGUUAGUUUCCUUCUCUACAGAGAAAGAGAGAGAGAGAGAGAGAGAGAGAGAGAGAGAGAGAGAGAUGGAUGGUUUCUCUAUGGAUAUGAAGAUUUUCUUAAUAAAUGUCUUUAAAAUUUCUACUAGAGCAGAGUGAUAGAUUUUUAUCUACCCGAAAACCUGAGUAAGAGAGAGAGAGACAGGUAAUUUUUCAGUGGAUACACCUAUCUCUUUAGACUAAAGUCUUUAAUUUUUUCUACGCUAAGCAGCAACUAAUUUUUUCCUUGAUCAAGAUUGUAGGUUUUUAUCAAAGAUCCUCUUUCUACCCAGAGAAAAUCCAACUCCCUGAGUUCAUCCUCUUUCUUUUUGCAGGGGAAGAUACUCUUUGGCAUUCUAUUGAGGUACGAGGAGUCUCUGGGCAAUAAUAGAGCAGAGGACGACGAUGGAGAGACCUGGAUUCAAGUGGGACAGACAGUUCAUCCACAGGACGCAUAG